AACCCUGGCCACGACCACCCCUGACCUCAUCAAGUCCUUUGACAUUGAGACGGAAGAACAACGAAACCCCAAAUCCACCGACCGCCUCCACUCGAUAGAUCGAGAUUCAAGAUCAAAAUAAAUCAUCGAAAUUCCUCUUCCGAUUGUUCUCGGACCCUGGCUGGCUGCUUGGCCACCGUAUCUAUGCACUUGGGUGGCGGCGGCGGCGCCAGGCCGGAUCCACAGCCCUGACCUUCGUAACUUUGAACUCAAAGCGUCAUGGCUGCGAUGGACAUCUUCGACGAGUACUUCAAGCAGGCCGAUUUGGAUCGCGAUGGUAGAAUUAGCGGCGCCGAGGCUGUCGCGUUCUUUCAGCGAUCUAAUUUACCCAAAAACGUAUUAGCUCAGGUAUGGAUGCAUGCUGAUCAGAAUAGAACUGGUUUCCUUGGUCGAACAGAAUUUUAUAAUGCCCUUAAACUUGUGACUGUGGCACAAAGUGGACGACAAUUAACACCAGAAAUUGUAAAGUCAGCACUAUAUGGACCAGCUGCAGCCAAAAUUCCUGCUCCAAAGAUAAGUCCAGUCGCUCAAUCUGUACCCCAGAUAAAUUCUGCAGCUGCACCUCCACCUGGGGUCAUAGCCAAUGCUUUGCGCCCACCUUCUAAUCAGUUUAGCAGCGUAACACCAAAUGCACUUCAAAAUUCUGGUUUCAGGCCAACACAGGCUCCACCAAAUGCAGUUGUGAACCAACAGUUCUUCCCCACAGCAAAUAACAAUUUCGCUAGGCCACCUCUAGCAUCUGCUGCUGCUACUUCACCUCCACUGCAGGCAGGCAAUCUAGGAUUAAUAGGAGGUAGUGUUGCAAGUCCAAGUUUGCCAAACUCAAGCUUAUCAACUGAUUGGAUUCCUGUUAAAUCAAGUGGAACUUCGGUUGGAGUGACUGCUCACACUCCUAUUAGGGGAAAUAUUUCAUCUCAAACUCCGGAUGGGUUUGGCUUAGCCUUUUCAGGUACAACAGGAGUGCCUUCUAAUGCACAAGCACAACCGAUGCAAACACCCUCAAUUGUGACAAAACCUAAUGAUCCGAACUUACCAUCAUCUACACCCACACAGUUGAAGUCACCUGUUGCAUUAUCUUCUAAUUCAUUUUUUGGAGGGGAUCUUUUUUCUGCAACUUCACAAGCAAAAUCAGAUGCUAAAGUGAAUCCAUCUAGCAUUGUCCCACUGGCUUCUGGCCCUCAAAGUUCUAGUAGGCCUGGUCAACUUGAUCCUACUCAAAUUGUUCGGUCAGUUCUUCCUGCUGGAAGUCAGCUGCAACAAAGUCAAACAAGUGUAAAGCAAAAUCAAUCUGAUAACCUGAAAACGAGUCCAUCAUUGCCUGCUAAUUCUGCUUCAAAUCAGGCAUGGCCAAAGAUAAGUCAAGCUGAUAUUAAGAAGUACACUAAUGUAUUUGUCAAUGUAGACAAGGAUAGAGAUGGAAAAAUUACAGGUGAACAGGCACGAAGCCUCUUCUUGAGUUGGAAACUCCCUAGAGAGGUCUUAAAGCAGGUGUGGGAUUUAUCUGACCAAGAUAAUGAUAGCAUGCUAUCUUUGAGAGAGUUUUGUAUUGCUCUUUAUCUGAUGGAAAGAUAUCGGGAAGGGCGUCCUCUUCCACCUGUGCUUCCAAAUUCUGUUAUGUAUGAUGAAACACUACUGCGUGCGGCUGGUAUGCCUUCAGCUGCUUAUGGUGUUCCAACGUGGCAGCCAGGAUUACGACAACAAGGACACCCUGGUCAUCGUCCUCCAAUACCAACUGGAGUAAGGCCUCCAAUGCCAAAUUCUAUCCCUUCACAGGCUUUCAAUGCAGGACACUUGAUGCCGAAAAACUUAGGAACACCAGGGCCAAAUGAUAACUUUGUAACAGAUUUUGGGAAAGAUGGACACACUACAUUGAGCUCAAAUAAUGAAGCAGCAAAUAUGGACAAAAAAGUUCAACAAUCAGAAAUGCAAAUUCUUGAUUCAAAAGAGAAGCUGGAGUUCUACCGUACCAAGAUGCAGGAACUUGUUCUUUAUAAGAGUAGAUGUGAUAAUAAACUAAACGAGAUCACAGAAAGAGCAUCUGCUGAUAAGCGAGAGGUUGAGUUGUUGGCCAAAAAGUAUGAAGAAAAAUACAAGCAGGUUGGAGAGUUAGCUUCAAAGUUAGCAUUGGAAGAGGCCAAAUAUCGCGACAUUCAGGAAAGGAAUGCAGAAUUGCAAAAUGCAAUAAUUAAGAUGGAACAGGGAGGCAGUGCUGAUGGUUUGCUUCAGGUUCGUGUUGAUAGAAUACAAUCUGAUCUCGAGGGUUUUGAGAAAGCUCUUAACGAGCGGUGCAAACAACAUGGUGUUCAUGUUAAAGCAACUACAACAAUUGAGCUCCCAUUCGGAUGGGAAUCUGUACCAGUGGAGGCAGCAGAUCAUUGGGAUGAAGACUGGGAUAAAUUUGAAGAUGAAGGAUUUACAGUCACAAAAGAACUUAGCUCAGGGGUUUUUAAUACUGUUGUUAAUGGAGGCUCAAAAUCUCCUUCAAUUUGGAGUGAUAAAGCUUCUACUGAAGAUUAUUCUCCUAUUGCAUCUUCUUUCAAUGCUGAUGGCAAGAUUGAAAAGCUUAAUGGUACACAUGAACACAUGAAUGGAUCUGCCUAUGAUAACAGUGAGGAAGGAUCAAUGAAAAGCCCCACUAGCAGUCCUGAAAGAAGUACCUUUGAAAGUCCAUUCAGUUCCUCUCAAUUGGGAGUCAAUGAAGUUUCACCGCACAAUAAUGAAACUCAUAGUGAUCAUGUUGAUGCUGAGUCUACUAUUUCUGGAGAUAAGUACAAUGAUGAUCCAUGGACCUUUGAUGAUACUGAUUCAGCAUGGAAGGAGAAUGAUUAUGAUGGCGGUAAUAGGAAUACUUUCUUUAUGUCUGACUUUGAUUCAGUAAAAGCAGACUCUCCAAGUGCUAGUAGUGUUUUUGGGAAAGAGAAGAGGAGCUCCUUUUUUGACGAUUCUGUUCCAAGUUCUCCAAUGUUCAACUCUUCCUCUUCAUCAGCGUUUAAUGGUGGGCGAGAUGCCUUCUACAGUUUUGGCAGAUUUGAUUCUUUUGCAACGCAUGAUAGUGGCACUUUUACUGCACGCGAGAACUUUUCUAGAUUUGACUCCAUCAGCAGCUCUCGUCCUGAAACUCUAGCACGGUUUGAUUCAAUAAGUAGCAAUAGAGACUUUGGUCACAAACGGGGGGCAUUUGAAUCUUUUGACGAUGCCGAUCCAUUUGGUUCAACAGGACCUUUUAAAUCUUCUGGAGGGAGUUCCCCAAGACAAGGGUCCGAUAAUUGGAGGGCUUUCUAAGUCUUCUGCAAGGAAACUUCCUGAAUCGUGUAUGAUGCAGAGUUGUAAGCAUAAAUAUUGGUUUCAUUCUACAAAUUCAUGGCUCAGUUUGGCUUGUAUGAUUAGUUUUGCAGUUUGUUGUGUGCAGUGUAUUUUAUGUUACCAUUCUUUUCCAUUGUUCUUGUUUUGGGGUUUAAACUUUUCAAGAUUGUAAUUUUUUAACCCUAUGUUAAGAGCAUUUAAUAUCA